CCUUUUCUCCUCCCCCCUCCCUUCCUGGAGCGGUGUGAAAGGGGGUAUUUUCUUCAGGGUAUAAAACUGAGAAUACCGAGGAAGAGAGGCUAAGAGCUUCACCUCAUUGCCUCAUUCUGUCUUUCACAUGAACAUUCUCUACAACGUUUCCUUCGUCCUGCCGUACCUCUCACCUGGCCAGCGUUGCCCGGAUCAUGUCCGCUAAACCCGCUAAGCUCCUGCCGGUUUUCUUCCUCCUCUCAGUGUUUCACGCCUGUUCUAGAAAGGUUGAAGAGGAUGAAUAUGAAGAUGGAACAACUAACCAAAAAUGGGUUUUAGCUCCAAAAACACAAGACACAGAUGUGACUCUCAUACUAAACAAGCUGUUGAGAGAGUAUGACAAAAAGCUGCGGCCAGAUAUUGGAAUAAAACCAACAGUUAUUGAUGUUGACAUUUAUGUCAACAGCAUUGGUCCCGUAUCAUCAAUAAAUAUGGAAUAUCAAAUUGAUAUAUUUUUUGCCCAGACGUGGACAGAUAGCCGUCUUCGCUUCAAUAGCACCAUGAAAAUACUGACUCUGAACAGCAACAUGGUUGGCUUGAUUUGGAUCCCAGACACAAUAUUUCGAAACUCAAAGACGGCAGAGGCUCACUGGAUCACCACCCCCAACCAACUCCUCCGCAUAUGGAAUGAUGGCAAGAUCUUGUACACUCUCAGGCUUACCAUCAAUGCUGAGUGCCAGCUGCAGCUUCACAAUUUCCCAAUGGAUGAACACUCUUGCCCUCUGAUAUUCUCUAGCUAUGGCUACCCUAAAGAGGAAAUGAUAUACAGAUGGAGGAAAAACUCUGUGGAGGCUGCUGACCAGAAAUCUUGGAGACUCUAUCAGUUUGACUUUAUGGGUCUCAGAAACACUUCAGAAGUUGUGAAAACCUCUGCAGGUGAUUAUGUAGUCAUGACUAUAUACUUCGACUUAAGUAGAAGAAUGGGAUACUUCACUAUUCAAACAUACAUUCCCUGUAUAUUAACAGUUGUUCUUUCCUGGGUAUCCUUUUGGAUUAAAAAAGAUGCCACACCAGCAAGAACAGCAUUAGGCAUCACAACUGUAUUGACCAUGACAACUUUGAGCACCAUUGCAAGAAAGUCAUUACCCCGUGUGUCCUAUGUCACCGCUAUGGAUUUGUUUGUCACUGUAUGUUUUCUAUUUGUCUUUGCUGCUCUGAUGGAGUAUGCAGCCCUCAACUACUACUCAAGUUGCAGGAAACCAAACUGUACUAAGAAGAAAAAGUCGCUACCUGAUGUCAGUUUUGGCCAUGUGAUGAAUUAUUCUGUACUUGAUAUGAGACCACCAACUACAGUCAUCACACUGAACAAUGCCAUGUACUGGCAAGAAUUUGAAGAUGCGUGUGUCUAUGAAUGUCUGGAUGGGAAAGACUGCCAGAGCUUUUUCUGUUGUUAUGAAGAGUGUAAAUCAGGCUCAUGGAGGAGAGGACGGAUUCACAUAGACAUCUUAGAACUGGACUCUUACUCUAGGGUCUUUUUUCCUACAUCCUUCCUGCUGUUUAACCUGGUCUACUGGGUUGGAUACCUCUAUCUUUAAAUGUUGCCUGUAGUGGUGAAGACUGCUGUGUUUUCACGCUGCGGAGGGAUGGUGAAAGUGGAGAAAAAGUGAAGGAUGCUGUCAGUUUCAUCUCAAAUUAUAAAAGCCACAUUAACCUUCACCGUCACAAAGCCUAAUGAAGAAUUUUAAUAUGUAAUUGCCUGAAAAAAGAAAAGUGGGGAAGAAUUCUCUCCUUACUGCUGUUCAUUUUAAGCAAAAGAUCCUUACCAAAUUCAGUUGAAUUUGUAGUGUAAGCAAUGUUUAUGAAUAAUGACUGUACGUUACAA